AUGCUCGGACGGGUGCUACCGUCCGUCCCUUUCUCCUUUAUUCGCUUUGCUGCGAAUUUAGCUACAGCUGCUGGUGAAGUCUCGACUGGCUCGGCUGAUGUGGAUCUUGCAAUUUGCUCAAGAAGAUUGUCUAAAGUGCCGAAGAGCCCUUUUGUGGAAACUCCUCAGGCGUGGGUGUCUACUUUUGAUGCUAUUGAAGAAAGAAGAUUAGGAAUUAUCGACCUACAUCCAGAUAUAUUUCGAGUGCCGCCAAGGCUGGAUAUCUUGCAUAGAAACCUGACGUGGCAGACAGUAUAUAGGAACGUUCAGUUGACAAAACAGCUGACUCGAGCAGAGAUGCCGGGAGGAGGUACAAGCUCGUGGUUUUGGGUCCUUUAUGCUCUUUUAUCUGCUCUUUUAGGGCGGAAACCAUGGCCACAGAAGAAAACUGGACGUGCUCAUGUAGGAUCCAUACGUUCUCCACAAUUUAUUCAUGGGGGUUUCGCUAACGGUGUUCGUGGACCGCGUACAUGGUUUUACAUAUUGCCUGAUGCUAUUAGGUUGAAAGGCUUGUGUGUGGCGCUGACUGUGAAACAUGCACAGGAUUGCCUUCAAAUAGUUAACAGAUUAGAUCAGCUGCCAUCAGAUGCUGACGCACAAUUUAUGCAUGACUUAGCCGAUCAUCGCAACUGGGGCUAUUCCGUGCUUUUUGUCAGUGAGAAUGAUGAGGUUGGUUUUGUCACAGCUUCGCAUUUUUUAGUAUGA